AUGAUUACUGAAGAUAAUCUUUCGACUGAAUUCAGUCCAAAAAAUGAAAUUAUUGAUAAAGAUCAACGUCGUUUAUUAUUACUUAAUGAUUCUAAUUAUGGAAUAGUUCUUUGUUUUCUUGAAAAAUUUCGAUCUAUACUCGAUUUACCAAAUUAUUCAUUACAACGUUUUGAAGAUCAUCUUAUAAAUUAUGAAGAACGAAAUUCAGUUCCACCACGUCUUAUUGAUUUUCAUUUUAUUCUUCUUAAACGAUUGUCAUUAGCUAAAAAUACUCAACGUGAAAAAUUUGAUUCAAUAAUUACUAAAUUUGCUUCUCGUUUUGAUUUAAAUGAUAGUAAUCAUUUGUCAACAACAGGUUAUUUACAAGCAGAAAUUAAUGUUAAAGUUCGAAUUUUAAAAAAUUUACUAGAAAGUCAAUUUGAUUUAAAUCAAACAUUUAAAAAUACGCUUGUUGAUAAAACAGCAAGAGAAAUUAAAUCAAUACCGUUAGGUCGUGAUCGUUUUGGAAUGUCCUAUUGGCUUUUUAUGGAUACUGAUUGUUUUGUGCGUUUAUUUCGUGAGGAUGCUGAUAUUGAUCGAACAUGGACUAAUGUUGCUAAAGAUCGAAAUGAAUUUGAAAGUUUUAUAAAAUUAUUAAUUACAGAUUCUGUUGUACGAGCAAAGUUUUCCGACUGGACUGUUGAUUAUGAGCCGUUUUCUUCAUUAUCACCUUCGGAUGAAUUUGAAAAAUGCUACUUACCUUCUGCAAUAGAUAUGAAAGAAGAAGAUAUUAAACCAAUAGUAAAUGAUGAUGAAAAACUUGAUGAAUCAAUAAAGAAAAAACGUGGACGACCAAAAGGUUCAGUUAACUCAAUAAAAAAUGAAAAACCUCAAAUUGAAAUGGAAAUUGAACAAGAAGAGGAGGAAGAAACCGAACCAGUAUCGACAGAUGAUGAAAAACCUGAUAUUCCAAUAAAACGAAAACGUGGACGACCAAAAGGUUCAAUAAACUCACCCAAAAAAGAAAUUAAACAAGAGAAAGAAGAAGAAGAAGAGAAAAAUGAACCAAUGUCACACGAUGAUGAUGAUGAUGAAAAACCUAAUGAACCAAUAAAAAAGAAACGUGGACGACCAAAAGGUUCAAUUAAAUCAUUAACCAACGUAAAAAAUCAAGUAUAUAUUGAAAUAAAAGAAGAAAAACACGAAGUUGAAUUAACACUCAAUCAUAAUCAAACUAAUGAUAUGUUAACAAAAAGAAAACCUGGACGACCAAAGAGUUUAACAAAGGAAAUCGACAUGAAUAUAAAAGAAGAAGAAAUUGAAUAUACAUCAAUUGAAUACGAAAGCAUUGAAGAAUCAAUAAAGAAAAAACGUGGACGACCAAGAGGUUCAGUAAAAUCUGUAAGCAAUACAAAAAAUCAAAUCGAAUUAGAAAUAAAAAAUGAACCAAAUGAACAAGUCAUAACAACAACUCGUCGAGGUAGAAAACGUAAAAUUAUUACUGAAGACAACAAUAAUAAUGAAAAUUCUAAAAUCGAAGACAAUGAUCAACAACAUGAAGAAUCAUUUAUUGACGAUGCUAAUCUUUCUAUACGUCGAUCAUCACGACCACGAAAAGCACCAACAAUAGAACCAACAUCUGUUCUCACUUCGAAAACUAUAUCACAGGUAUGA